AUGCGCUCAAUCACAAUCGCCGCCGGCAUCGUUCUGGCUUUCUCUCCUCUUCUCGUCUCGGCUCAAGGUCGUAUGGGCUUCGCAUUGGGCACUCACUUGCCAAAUGCAUCAUGCAAACUCGAAUCCGACUACGAAGCCGACAUGAUAGCUAUCAAAAAGAACUCUGGCAGCAAUCUCGUUCGCAUGUACUCCUCUGCCGAUUGUGAAUGCGUGCCGAAAGUCCUCGCCGCUGCAAAGGCUCAAGGAUUCCAGGUUCUCCUCGGCGUCUGGCCUGAUGAUAAGGUGAGUAUGACUCUUGACAAGUAUGCUGUGCAGACCGGCAUCGACGGAUACCUUGACCAGGUCUUUGGUGUCAGCGUUGGUUCGGAGACGAUGUAUCGAAAGACCUUCACAGGCCCUCAACUCCUAGAGGCCAUCAACGAUGUCAGAACGGUGUUGCCGAAGGGUGUCAAGGUCGGCACGGCAGACAGCUGGAACAAGUUCGCCGAUGGAACAGCCGAUGCUGUCAUCAAAGGAGGGGUCGACUUUUUGCUGGCUAAUGGCUUUGCAUACUGGCAAGCACAGCCCAUCACCAAUGCCACUAGGACCUUCUUCGACGACAUUCAACAAGCUCUUGCUCAUAUUCAGACUGUCUCGGGCUCCCUGAAUGCCAUCGAGUUCUGGGUGGGUGAGACUGGCUGGCCGACGGAUGGUGGAACCAACUACGGCGCCGCCAUCGCAAGCACGAAGAACGCACAAACAUACUACGACGACGCCAUCUGCGGCAUGCUGGCAUACGGCGUGAACACCUUCGUCUUCGAAGCCUUCGAUGAGCCCCAGAAACCUGCAGCCAUCGGCGACAGUGGAGCCGAAGGAGACGAGCGUCACUGGGGUGUCAUGACCUCCGAUCGCACACCCAAAUUCCCAUUGACCUGCUAG